CUGCCAGUGCGACAUUCGGUACGUUGCGGUUCGCUACGGGUUAUGUCCUUGUGAUCGAUUUUGUGAUACUGUGCACCCUCCAAUAUACAGGAUAAUACUGGAGCUAGCCCUUUUCGUUCUACCCUUCAUGCUAUGGAUACUAACAGUAGAAUUCCAUAUGUGUGAGAACAGAAGUGUAGUUACUUGACUUUAGAACCUUUAGAUUAAUGUGUAUGGGUGCAAGAUGAAGAUUCUGUAUAUAUUCCUUCUUCUUUUCGUCAUAGUGAACGUUGAUGGACAAAGGAGGACAACGCCUAAAACUGACACCGCAGAAGUAGACAAACCGCACCCUCCAUCGCGAGGGAGGGGUAGGUCGAGGUUCACAGCCACCCCAGAAUAUACACAGAUCAGCGAACCAACGAAGUCUCCCUCGGAGUCCACAACAAGACGCCUCAUAUCUAGAAAGCGGGUGAGCGAAACCACCGAGCGGAGGUCGACGAGACCGACCGAGAAGCCAGUCAAAACCUCCUAUGAGGUGGACGAAGUAGUGAACGAAUCACCGAUAGAUCCCUUCAGGAGGCAAAGCAAACCUAGAGUCUUAACUGAGAGUCACUUUGAAUCUAUACACGCUCCAAAGACGAAGCUGAUAGAUCCAAUCCAGGCCAUAAGCGAAGAACCAUCACCAUCACCAAUAUUAGAAGAGCUCUUCAGAACAGUGGAGAGUUCAACUCCUAAUAGUGCAGAACCUGAAAUUUCGUCAGCUCAACCUGAAACCACCAAUGAUAUAAGCGGGUCCGCAGAAAUAACAGAUACAACAUUUAAAAGUAAUCUUUUAGAUUUAUCCAGCGAAACUUCCAAAAGCAAUGAAAUCACAAGGGAGUUUACGAAAAGCCAACCGAUUACUACGCCAAAACCAACGGAAGGGAGAAGAGGGCAGAAUGGUGCUAGACGAAACAACGUUAGAUCUAGAACAAGUGUUUCUGAUGUUUCUGAAGAGACUGCAUCUCAAGCACCUAGAAGCAGGUCAAGGGUAAGACCUACAAGAAGACCUGAAGAAGCGCCAACACAAGCAGGUCAAGCAAGUCAAGUGACCGGUUCAAGAGCUACUCAUCGUAGUUCUAGAAGACGGCCUGAAACGUCCACACAACAUGCUGAAGCUUCUAAAAAGGGUCCCUCAGUGUUUGUUGCUGAAGAAACUCAAACUAUAUCUCGUUUGAGACCAGGAAAAAGAAGUGGACCAUCAUCAGUUCCUGAAAAAAUCUCCAUAGACAUACCCAAUAGCAGGAGCAAGGAUUCCAGCAGGAAAAGAACAGCUACUCCUGCAACCACAACAACAGCGAGAAAUGAGGAGGAUCCUAAGAAAAGAACUGGUUCUAGGUUCCAAUCCAGAAACUCCGUAUCACCUACGACUCCAUCCGCUAGGUUCAGGUCUAGACCUAAAGACGUUAUACCUACUAUCAACGAAUUCACUCCUCCAACAACAUCUACCAAGGGAAGAUUCCGUGCUCGAGACUUCCCUCCCAUCAUAGAUGAGCAGAAGCUGGAGGUACUUCCUCUCUUCGAAACCGAGCCCAAAACGGUACGUCCAGUGAGUAAACCAAGAUCUAGAUCUAGAACAAGAAGCAUCAAUCACUCCCAUGAAACCAUACAGACUAGCGCAACUGAAAACGACUUGAAAUUUACACCUAAAGCCAAGGAAAUUCCCAGGUUUUCAGUAAGCAGAACCCAAACUGUCAAUAUAGAAACCAGAACAGAAACGUCAGUAAAGCGCAAAGUCGUAACUCGAGCUCCUAUAGUGAAGGAGUCUGUAAUUGCUGAAGUUAGUGAGGUAACUUCCAAGAGGACGGUUACCAGAAGGAAAAACGUUGCACUCAAAAACUCCAUAAGCGCAAAAAUCAAGACGGACAAACCGAAAGUUACUGUCAGCCAGGUGGUGACGAGUUCAAGGGGUAAAAAGAAGUCAGAGGUAAAUUUGGGGGAGGUGAAGAAGUCGGGUGAAAAUUCAGAAGAGGUUGAUGAUUCCGAUAACUAUCCUGAACCUUUUAAGGCUCUCAUUCAGGCUAAGAAGAACAAAAAAGAGUCAAGGCCAUCCGCGCGUCCUCAAACGUCGGUUCCCACCAUCACGAGCAUCGUGACUACUUCUACGGCUCCGUCCACCACUUCUGUGUCAUCGACAACUGCGGAUAAAGAGGAUGAUAUUCUCGAUAAUGAACUGGAUCCAAAACCUUCUUCCACCACCACCUCCACCACCACAUCGAAAUCGUCGACUAGACCCUCAAGGAAACGGUUCUCACUCACCACGAAAUAUCCCGAGUCGACAACUACGACCACCACCACCAAGAAACCGACAUUUCCACCAAGGAAAUCCGCCAAGGUGGUGAGGUCUACUGUUCAACCGACGACUACAACAACGUCCCCGAAGGAACACAGGUUCCAUGCGAAAUUCAGUUCCACUUUGGCUCCUUUCGUCAGGACCGAGAGUCCUGUGAAGGUAGGAAGGGGCACGCUUCCUCCAAGGGGGUUGUAUAGCAGCAGAAAGAAUAAGGAGGACAAAGGGGAGGUCAAGGAUAAGUCUAGGAAGGGACUGGUAGAAUCCAGUGUGCAGUCCACACAGGUUUCAAAAUCCUUCUCUCCUCAGAAAAAAUCCAGCCGGUUCAGUUCCAAAUACCGUACCGACAUCUCUGCGCGAGGUUCAACAUCUCGAUCUACAACGACUGCUCCAGUGUACAUUCCUACCAUACCGACCGCCGCAUAUGUGCCAACGGUACCUACUAUUAGGCCCCCUAGAUCUUCCACCACGGUAAAUUCAGGAGCAGGAUCGAAGGACGUAGACUUAGGACUAGAGAUAAUCUCGUUCGACGAUCCGGUAAACACCGUCCCGUCUGCGAACCUUAUCAACGAAGAAUUCAUUUCUUCCUCCACCGAAAACGCCCUUAAAAAUCCCAUCUCUUUGGUAAAGGAGGCCACCACGGAAAAGCCAGUUUCGAUAAUCGAAAGGAUAAUAAAUUCUAUAACGGCUAUGACGACGACCACACCUCCAGACACUUCUAAACAAACCUUCUCGGCGAGCACGACCGAGUCGAAUUCGGCCAUCUUAAAACUAGCGCCAAAAAAAUCGACCAAAAAAGACAAGACGCUACCCGACGAGACCUCACAGACCUAUCCCAUCGGCACAGUCGCCUUGACCACUGAAAAACCCACGACAAUCAUUGAAAGAAUCCUCAGUUCUCUCUCUGCCAUUCAGGCCACUGACGAUACAAAUUCAAAUCAAGUAGGUAAAGAUUUUAAUACUAUUAGUUCUCCCUCCACCACGCCUGUAUCUAAAGUGACUAAGUCUUCCACCAGUAGAACCACACUUCCUGCACAAAUAAGCACGUCUAUAAAUCCUCUGAGCGUUCUGGACGAAUUAUCCCCAGACCAAGUGUUACAAAAACGCACCAUCGGCAAACUAUUGGCCAUUCUCAACGGGCUACUUGCCACCACAGAGUCAGCGCAAAAGCUUGUCGUUGUUACACCGAAAACUUCCAACUUUGUUACUGGUGUAGCUGUCGUGGCAUCUAGUACGACCACUCCUGCUCCUACUGAUACUUCUGACACCGUUCCAACUUCUGUAACAAUUACUCCUCAAACUCCUACAGUCACAUCUACUGAAUCUCCUGAUACCUCUAAUACCAUUACAGUUUCCCCGGUCACAACUACAACUGUUCCUGAUACACCAUCUGCUCUGCCCCUCACAAUUCCACAAUUAUUUACAUCUCCAGCCAAUCUCCCGUCAUUACAAGAUAGUAUCACCACUACUACGUCCGGAAGUCCCAUGAUUGGUAGUAGACUAGCAGAUAUUAGUACCACAGCUCAAUCACAAAUGGCUACUACUCCUUCUACACUUCCCACUACUGAAACCAUUGCGAUGACAGCAACGACAGAAGCCUCCGUUGGAUCAACUCAAACGGAGGCUACUAGUCAAACCGUGACUCAAACAUCGAGCGAUAUGAUGGCUUCUACACAAACUGAGGCUACUGUACCAACAACAGUACCUUCAACAAAUCUCCCAUCAGCUCAGCAAGAUGAUUCUACUGUUACACCGCUGCCAUUAUCACUCGAUGAUACGGUCACUAGUUCUAUUACAGAAACCACGACAAGCAACACGUUCCCAACUACAGCGGAGGCCGGUAUAACUGGUACCACCGACAUAGAAACACUUACCACUUUUCUCUCAACCAUUCCGACACUACAGAAUUUUGAAGUAAGUCCUGGAAGUGUAUCUGUAUUCUCUGCUAACGAUAUUUCUAAUUUAAUAACUCCGGACGACCUCUUCAGUACUGUUACUAUUGCUGGAAGAUCUAAUUUCGAUUUAACUGCCACUACUGACAGUACUACUACCGAAUCUGGUACUACGGAAGGCAGCACUGAUGCGAUGAUUACCACACAAAUGCCGGAAAUGGCUACCGCGGUGCAAAGUACUACUGUCUCAAACGAUGGUACCACGGAAGGUAGUACUGUAAUGACUCAAGCUGGUAGUACGGGUAAUGAUAUGCAAAGCACUACGGAAAUAAUUCAGAGUAGUUCCACUGCCGGUACUACCAUUCAAGCCAGUGCUACCUCAAGUAGUACUCUUCAAGAUAGUACUACCCCAGGUAGUACCGUUCAAGAUAGUACUACCCCAAUCAUCACCGUUCAAAAUAGUACUACCUCAGGCACUGCCGUUCAAGAUAGUACUACUCCAGGUACUACCGUUCAAGAUAGUACAACUGUGCAGGCUAACGCACUCUCAGCUAGUGUCGUUGAAAAUGUGACUGCCGAAAGCAGUACCGCUCAGAGUAGUCCUGUCGAAAGUAGUACCAGUUCUUCCCCCAGUACCUCCGCCCCCAGUCCGUCUAGUACCACCAAUGCAACGACUAAUGAUACAUCUAAUCAACCAUCAAAUAAUAUCUCAUUGGCUAACCGUUCUGGGAGGUUGCUAAACAUUGUUCAGGAUCCCAUCCAGAACAGCAUCGACGUUUCGACUCCCUCCACUACCACCUCUACUACCCCUGACUAUUUUGUUUUCGCUGUACUAAAUAACAAUACCAUUUUGCGCAAGAAGCCCCCUACCAUACCGAAUAAAGAUACUCCGUACGUGAUAGUUGGGCUGUUCCCUAACAACACAGUAGUUAGAAAGUUUCCAAAUGGUACCCUUGUUCCGAUGGAACAAAUAAUAAGGGUAAGAGGAUUCGAUACCCGCGAAAACCCUCCACCUUUGCCAGAAAUAACCAGUAACCAAGUAACAAACGACCCUGGAAGUUCACAGGAUAAUAAAAAUGUCCAAACGGUCGAUGAAAACACGGUACCAACAGUAGACGCAAACCCAUUAUCUCUGGAUAAUGACAGUAGCACGAAUACCGUUCCUGAGACAAGUACCAGCACCACUCAGGGUCUCACCACAAGUACUACUAGCACAACACCCUCACAAAGUACUACGAGUACUAGCACUACCACCACAACUGUCCCCCAAACAGAAAGUGAUACCAUUGCGAUUAACACGGCGGAAAGUAGUACGGUGUCUGAAAGUAGUAUUAGUACAGUAGAUAGCACCACCGUAGGUCGUAUCACUAACGCGGCCACCAUCACCACCGCGGCUAGUACAGUGCCGAACAGCACGUCGGCACCCAGUACUACCAUCGGUACUACCACAGAAAGUAGUACCAGUCCAGAUCCCACGCUGCCGACGCUAUCCGAACUCUUAAAUGGAAGAACGCUAGAGGCGCUAAAUAGCAUUAUAAACUUUACCAACACCAACAACAAUUCAAACACCAAUUAUAAGACAUUACAAGUUAACCAGUAUAACCAAGUAUUGAACAUACAAGAUUUGCUAAGGCAAAAUAGCAUAGAUAACGAAAACACUGUGUUCAGAUGGAAACCCGUAACUAGACCGACGAGUGAGGGUUUUGACAAGAUAGAGAAUAGUACUGAAUCUACAACCGCACCACCGACGUUGACUACCGAAGCUGCUGAUACCACUAUGCCUGUAGUGGAAACCACGACAUUUAUGACUGUAACUCCAGCCGCGCCAACUACUUCAGCUCCACAGAAUCAACUAACUGAAGACAGACUACCACUUCCACUGUCCAAUACGAUCGUAGAAAGCACAACGGCUCAAGCUUCAACUCCACAAAUUGUUACGCCGCUACCUACCACCGCUCAAACAACCACAACUACUACCCCUCGCUCUACAACCACAAGCACUCAAGCUCCAACAACAACAACAACAAACCGAGUGAUAUCAGCUUCACCAAGGAUAACGUCAACUCCAGUUACUACAAUUCUGUCUACCACUCAAAGAACUACUACGAGUACUUUCCCGACAGUUACAUUCUUCCCCACGUUCCCAACGUUUAUAACAACGUUCUUCCCUAAUCUGUUAAGAGGAACUACCCAACAACCUGCCAUUACAGUGAGUGAAAUAAUAACUGCCUCAGCGACUACAUCGCAACCAACUACUGUAGUAGCACCUACGCGUGGAAGCGUUAGAUUUAUCGAAACGACAACUGGCGUGCCCACAACAACUUUUAGAAGAAUUAAAACUACAACACCUCUACCUACAACAACAACUACAACACCAACUACCACAACAACUCCUACAACUACCACAACAACCACAACCACUACAGCCCCAACAACUACCACCACUACAACUACAACUACUCGUCCAACAACCACUACAACAACCCCUACAACUACAACAACGCCUACAACAACUACAACAAUGCCUACAACAACUACAACAACGCCUACAACAACUACAACAACUACAACACCUACACCAACCACAACAACGCCUACAACAACUAUAAUAGCGCCUGCAACAAUUACAACAAUACCUACAACAACAACAACUACAACUACAACUGCGGCUCCAACUACCACUACAACUACAACAACUACCACCACAACAACACCUACAACUACAUCUGUAUCGACUACUCAAGAAGUAGUGUCCAGAAGAAGUGCCCCACUCUCAGCUGUCCCUCUUAGUGCUCCAGCUCCAUCAAGUACUGUUACACCCAAAUUAAAGCAGUUAACAGAACAGCAGAAAAAGGAUUUGGAAACUCUGGCUCAGUUGGAAAAGGAGCAAGCAGCUCUGUUGCAGCAACUGUCAUUCCUAACUAGCUUGAAUUUUGGAGGCAACAGGAAUGGCCGCAAUAAAGAGACCAGUAAUUUAGCGAAUAGGGUUAUACAGCUGGCAGUAGAUAGGGAUAAAACAAAGGCAACAAAAGCACCAACAACAACUAGGACAACGACGACGAAGCCACCUCCACAGAAUAUCCAAGACCAACUACCACCAAUCGUAGAUGCUACUAGUAAAAAGUCUACACCUAGUAUUGAGGACGUCCUCAAACAGUACAACUUGAGUGGUCUGAACAUAGCUACUCCUGCUACCAGCACAGCUUCCACGUUACCGUAUGGAAACACCAACGAUGCUAUAUUGGCAGCGUUGCUGAAAGAACAGGGUAUCAAUCCACCAACCCCUAAGAGCUUGGCAGACCAAAUAAAGCAAGCUGGUGUUUUCGAGGAAACAACGACAACGCGAAGGCCUAAGCCAAGAGUAACAACUCCACGUGCCCCAGGUCGACUGAUGCAAGGACUGAAUUGGCUGCUUAAUGCUUUAGCACCACCCCCAGCGACUACAAGGAAACCAAAACCGAGACCAGCGAAACCAAAAAAACCUCCUGUAGAGCAAGAACUUUUAGCCAACUCGCCUACUCGUUUGACUCCUAUGGUAACUUCCGCUCCAAAACCCUUUUCCCCAAAUUCUCUCUCUCAAAGUGACGUCCAGAAGUUGAUCAAACAGUUGGAAGCCGUGCAGAAAGAUCCUAAAAACACUGCAGCUUUGGAUUUUUCACAAAUAAAGAGCUUGCAGAACCUCAUCAAUUCAAAUGAUGGAGUAGAGGUUGCUUCAAAUGGUCAGCACGGCGCCACUUCAAGGGUGACUACUACAGAAAAAACGACCACUCGUAAACAGACAGCAAAAUCUACGACAGUUAUACCUGAGACUGUUAGCAAUAGCGUGGAUGAAGAUGAUGAAGAUGAAGAGGUUACCACUGCAAGACAAAGACCAGCCUUACCUCCUCUUAGACUGAGACCUGUGGUAGGUGUCGACGACAAUUCCGAACCGUUCAUUAGAGGGAACUUGAUUACAGCGGCAGUGAAUGUUACGAGAGCAAUUUCUGGAUUCUUGGGAACAGCCUUGCAGGGCGCGGCCCAAGGUUUCCAAAACCUGCUAGGUUCUGGUUCAAGAUUGGCGCAGGCUUCAUCGUCAAGACCGGGAUGAAGGACUUAGCAGUGUCUUAACUUUACUUAUUUAUUAAACUAAAUUCUUUUGUUAAAAUCUAGUCAUGGGCGUCUUGAUAUGACAGAUUGGUUUCGAUGAGGUUAAUUUUAAAUUUUACGGAAUUUUUGCCCACCGUGGACGCCUAUGUUACUAGAUGCGAAAUGCGUGGGUUCAUAUCGACUGUGCGUCUUGAUAUAACUUGAUGCAUUGAAACUAACUUUUAAUUAAAUGGUUGUUCGUUGGAUGUUUUGGACUUGUGAUAAUUCGAACAUUCCUAUUUUUUAUUUUAUAUUUUUGUUUUAGUUGUAGUUAAUUGUUUACCAGCUGAUGUAAAAAUACUCAUCCUUACUCUAUUUUCCUAGUGUUAAAUUUGUAAUUGUACGCUUUGUAUAUAUCUUUUGUAAAUUAUGGUUUUACAUUUUACUACUGUAGGUAUACUGUAAAUAAAUUGUCGGUAAUAAAUGGUUCAUUUGUU